UUCAGCUGCGGGGAAGGCGAAGAGGAAACGCGGAGCGCGUGGGGCUUCCCGCCACACUCACUGCCGCACGUCUCGCGCACACGAUGCCCUCCCCGAUCCCGGUGAGCCGCCUGCUGCCGCCCAGGGCCCUCGGGCCGUACCUGCACCUGGGCGCGUGCAGCAGCCCCAUGGCGAAGCGCCACGGCCAGGAGAACGCGCUGCGCGUGCCCGAGCGGGCGCCGCUCGACGAGCCCGCGCCCUGGCCCCACAAAAAGGCGGCGUGGUCGUCCGCGGUGAACUGGCAGGAGCUGCGCGCCCUGCGGCCCAUCGGCUCCGGCGGCUUCGGCUCCGUAUACGAGGCGCGUUACUACGGCGAGACGGUGGCCGUGAAGAAGGUGAAGCGCAGCGCGCGCAACCGGCUCGCCUCGCGCCGCAGCUUCUGGAGCGAGCUGAACGCGGCGCACCUGCGCCACGAGAACAUCGUGCGCAUCAUCGCGGCCACCACGUGCGCGCCCGCCAGCGAGGACAGCGUGGGCACCAUCGUGAUGGAGUACGCGGGCAGCGUCAGCCUGCAGAGCCUCAUCUACUGCGCCGCGGAGGAGCUCCGCGUGGACAGGUGCCUCAAGUACGCGAAGGACAUCGCGCGCGGGCUCUGCUUCCUGCACGCGCACUGCAUCGCGCACCUGGACCUGAAGCCCGCCAACGUGCUCGUCGCUCCCGACGACGUGUGCAAGAUCGUGGACUUCGGCUGCUCCCAGAAGCUGGAGCCCGCUGAGCACGUGUCCCCCGCGACCCCCCACAUCGGGGGCACGUACACGCACCGAGCCCCGGAGCUGCUCCGGGGUCAGGAGGUCACGCUGAAGGCCGACGUGUACUCCUUCGCCAUCACCUUCUGGCAGCUCCUCACCAGAGAUGAGCCCUACGAGGGCGACAGGCAACCCGUGCUCUACGCCGUCGUGGCCUUCAACCUGCGGCCCGCGCUCACCGGCGACUUCUUCAAGUCCGGCCUGGGCCGGAGGUGCGAGGCCCUUCUGGGCAGAUGCUGGCACGGAGAUCCCGGCCGCAGACCCUGCUCAAAUGAGCUCCUCGGCGAACUGGAAAUUCUCCACCUGUCCGCCACGAAAGUGACUUAGCAGAGAUUUCUUGAAUGAACGAACCCAAAAAAAAGUGAUCAACUUUGCACUUGAACUUCGAAUGUCAUUUUAGAUUGUCCCUCCUCAUAACCUGAGCGAAACCGUAUUUUUUAUUUUUUUCCCCCACUUGUGCCUAAUAAGAGAUGUGGAAAGAGAAUCGAGCGAAGAACUUGAACUCAGCUGGCAGCUCAGGUGUUGGAAGGAAGGUACCCCC